AUGGAAACUCAUGGACGAGGUCGCGGAUGGAGAGGAAAUGAGGAACCCACUCCUACUGGCAAUCAAGCUGGCUUUCUAGCUGUAAUGACCCAACUUAUCAACACUAUGCAAGCUAAUGUGGCGGCUGUCAACCAAGCGACGGGAAGGAUGAACGAAAUAGUAAUAGAGCUGGAGGAAGUUCAGUUGCAGGCUGUAGAGAGGGCAAUGCAAGUACAACAUGUACCAGAGGAUCAGCUAGUCGAAUUCACUGCUUACCAACUGCGUGGGGAAGCACAACAUUGGUGGCAAGGAGCUCACCAUUUGCUUCAACAAGGGAAUGAAGAUGAGGCUAUCACCUGGGAGAGAUUCAGGGAGGAGUUUUACAAGAAGUACUUCCUGAACUCCGCGAGACAGGCUAAAGAAUUGGAAUUACUACAACUGAAGCAAGGAUCUAUGACUGUGGCGGCUUACACAAGCAAAUUUGAGGAGUUGUGCCAAUUUUCAAGGGUUUAUCAAGGUGCCCCUGCAAGGUAUGAGGAAUGA